GCGCGCGCUUCCGGCGGGUGUGGGCGGGUGGACGGCGGGAGAGAAGGGAAGGGAAGGGAAGGGCGGCGGCCGCGGCGCCAUGGACAGCCAGGGCAGGAAGGUGGUGGUGUGCGACAACGGCACCGGGUUUGUCAAGUGUGGCUAUGCAGGCUCCAACUUCCCAGAGCACAUCUUCCCAGCACUGGUGGGCAGGCCCAUCAUCCGUUCCUCUGCCAAAGUUGGCAACAUUGAGAUCAAGGACCUGAUGGUGGGCGAUGAAGCGAGUGAGCUGCGGUCAAUGCUGGAGGUGAAUUACCCGAUGGAGAACGGCAUCGUGCGCAACUGGGACGACAUGAAGCACCUGUGGGAUUACACCUUUGGCCCAGAGAAGCUGAAUGUGGAAUCCAAGAAUUGCAAGAUCCUUCUGACGGAGCCACCGAUGAACCCCACAAAGAACAGAGAAAAGAUAAUAGAGGUGAUGUUUGAGACAUACCAGUUCAACGGCGUAUACAUUGCCAUCCAGGCUGUGCUGACGUUGUAUGCUCAAGGUUUACUGACGGGCGUUGUCGUGGACUCUGGCGAUGGUGUGACCCACAUCUGUCCUGUUUACGAAGGGUUUUCAUUGCCGCAUCUAACACGGAGACUGGACAUCGCCGGCAGGGACAUUACCCGAUACCUCAUUAAGUUGCUGCUGCUGCGGGGAUAUGCCUUCAACCACUCGGCUGACUUUGAGACGGUGCGGAUGAUGAAGGAGAAGCUGUGUUACGUGGGCUACAACAUCGAACAGGAGCAGAAACUAGCGCUGGAGACCACAGUGUUGGUGGAGUCCUACACACUUCCAGACGGUCGGGUGAUUAAGGUCGGAGGGGAGCGCUUCGAAGCGGCAGAAGCAUUGUUUCAGCCUCAUCUCAUUAACGUUGAGGGCGUUGGUGUUGCUGAGCUGCUCUUCAAUACCAUCCAGGCUGCAGAUAUUGACACCAGGUCUGAUUUCUACAAGCACAUCGUGCUGUCGGGGGGCUCCACCAUGUACCCGGGUCUGCCCUCCCGUCUGGAGCGUGAACUCAAGCAGCUAUACCUGGAGCGUGUACUCAAGGGGGACGUGGAAAAGCUCUCUAAGUUCAAGAUCCGUAUCGAGGACCCUCCUCGUCGCAAGCACAUGGUCUUCCUGGGAGGGGCGGUGCUGGCAGACAUCAUGAAAGACAAGGACAACUUCUGGAUGACCCGGCAGGAGUACGAGGAGAAGGGGGUGCGCGUGCUGGAGAAGCUGGGGGUGACGGUCCGAUAGACGACACCUCCUCCAUGCCAGCCUUCUUGCUGCUUUGUCUACCCCCCCUCGUCCCCCCCCCCCCCCACCCCGCUCCUCUCUCAAUCAUUCAGAUAUCUCACCCGGGUAGGCAUCUGGCCCCGGCUUUGCCUCCGCUCUUUCACGCUGGGUUCCUGGGAGAGCUUCCUUUGACGGGCGUCGACCUCAGCAAAUUAUCCACCGUUUAAUAUGACCCAUUUUAAAUAAGUCACGGCAGAUGGGGGUCUCUGUCUGUCUAUCUGCUGCAUUAUUGCUGCCUCCUGGGAUAGAUGACAUGCUCCUCUGGCCCCUGGGGUGACUUGCUCUGGGAUAAGGUCAUAGUUUGUAGGGAUAGGAGCAGAAUGUGGCCAUUCCGCCCAUCGGGUCUACUCCGCCAUUCAAUCAUGGCUGAUCCAUCUCUCCCUCUGAAUCCCAUUCUCUUGCCCAUGACCCUUGAUGGCUUGCUCCUCGGGGCAUCUGAUCUAACCUGCUUCUCUGGGGACCCUGCGACCACUCCUCUGGGUCCCUGAUAUAGUCAGCCCUCUGGUCCCCUGAGACUGCUCAUCUGGUUCACUGGGACCUCCCCUUGGACAGCUCUUCUGAGCCCCUGGGGCCACUCCUCUGGGACGGCCGGCUCUGGGCCCUGGGUCUAGCUGGCUGCUCUGGCCUGCUGCGUCAGGUCCGGUGUGAACAGCAGGCUAUGGCUGGAGUGCAAACACCACACAGUGUGUGUUCUGUUGAAUCUGAGCUCCAACUACUUUCAUUUAUUUUGACCAGGCGCCUUUUAUUUUGCACAUAAUUGCAGUGGUGAUCACUUUGACAAUGGGUUUUAACGUAGACGCAUCUUUUAGGAAAAGGGGGCCAGAAUAGAAUAAAUUGUUGCCAAUGUCACUUUUAUUAAAAAAAAAAAUUACAAAAAAAAAUCCGUAGCAUCUUGAAGCGAAUUAUUAAUCGGCUUUGAUUCUUCAUGGGGUGUUUAAAUGGCCAGUCGGCUAACUUGCAAUGUCCAGUGUUUCUUCUUGAAAUAGAUGGAAUGCAGUUAUGCGCUUUUGAAACGGUAGAGAGAGCGUCUGUGUGUGUGUGUAAGACAGACACAAGCUGGAGUAACUCAGCGGGGCAGGCAGCUUCUCUGGAGAGAAGGGACGGGUGACGUUUCUGGUCGAGACGUCUGUGUGUGUGUGUGGGGUGUGUGUAAAGCAUACUCUUCAUACACCAGCAAAGGUUACAGCAGCAAAAAACUAGCCAAAGGCCUCUGGCUUGCCCGAGGUUUGUAGAUUUAACGUUUGUAGCUCUGCUAAUUGAAAUGAACCCUGAAUAUAUAUUAAAUAUGAGAGCUUAAGAAGGAACUGCAGAUGCUGGAAAAUCGAAGCUAGCCAAAGUGCUGGAGGAACUCGGUGGAACUCAGUGGUGCAGCAGCAUCUAUGGAGGGAAGGAAAUAGGCAACGUUUUGGGCCGAAACCCUUCCGGGUUUCGGCCCGAAACGUUGCCUAUUUCCUUCCAGGUUUCGGCCCGAAACGUUGCCCAUUUCCUUCGCUCCAUAGAUGCUGCUGCACCCGCUGAGUUCCUCCAGCACUUUUGUCUACCUAUUAAAUAUGAGAAGCUGGAACAGGCUGGCUGGUACAACUGAUAUACACGUCAACUAUCAAAGAUGAUAACCCUCUCUCCCUCUCUCUCUCUCUCUCUCCAUGGCUGCCCAGUUCUCUUCAUCAUUAGAACUGGAUCUCACUUUCAUAUCAUGGACUGCAUAAAACAAAAUAAAGCAAAUUAAUUUGUAAAUAAUUGUGUGAUUGGUGUGUGUGUGUGGAGGGGUGGGGUGUGGAGGUGUUUAAUAUUCCAGCAUGGCUGUAGAAACAGUCGCUGCAGACCGACAGGACUUGUGUUCGCUCGUUGGCUCAAACUAACCAUCGCACUUUACUUUCAUCCUUUCAAACUUACUCCUCCUCUUACCCGACUGCUCGCGUGCAGUUGAAGCUGCCUCCUGGGCUAUUACCGAUCCAGGUCCUUCCCCCCCCCCCCCUCCCCUGGGUUGUGUGAGAGCCUGGGUUGGCCACAGACUGGGAAGGGGGACCCUUUAAAUACCCACAAUAUCCAUAGAAGUGUCCAGAGACAGAGUUAGCGAACUAAUCUGACCUGCCAAAUUUAUCAGCCUAUCGAUCCAGACUCUUUUGAAAAGAGCGCGGCAUCUAAAACAAUCGUGGCUGAACAGCUCACAAGUGAAAGAAGCAGAAUUAGGCCAUUCGGCCCAUCAAGUCUCUACUCCGCCAUUCGAUCAUGGCUGAUCUAUCUCUCCCCAUUCUCCUGCCUUCUCCCCAUAACCCCUGACACCCACACUAACCAGCUAUUUAGUUUUAGUGUUCUUCAGCUUCUUUCGGCUUGUGAUGUUAUCAGACUUAGCAAUGCUAUAUGUCUGAACUAAAGGGGUCCAUACCUGCAAAACAUUCUUCUGUUCUCUUUGAUCUUUCCCGGAUGGAGUUUAAUUAUGGGUUGCCUUUGUUUUCCUAUUUGCUUGGAUCAGCAGCGUGUUGGAACAGGAGUCAAACCAUGUGUUGUAUGGACUUUUUAAAUGGUUGCUCUGUUUUAUUUUUAAAGCUGUAUUCUUCAAAACAAAGGUUGUGCAGACAACUUGUGUAGACCAUUUCUAUUAAAGUGUAAAGUUGAUGAUAAA